GGCCCAAACUGACGCCCUGAGUGCCACUGUGGUAUGUUCAUCACUCACUACCACGAGGUAUAGGGUACACAGGCUGCCACCUUUUGAUCUCGACGACUGCAGCGCCUUCAAAAAGUGCAAGAAGAAGUGUGCCCUGGAGUACGACACCUACACCAACGGAGGAGAUCUGAACUGCCUAGACAAUGGCUACACCGUGGGCCAGGAGAUAUGUAUACAGAUGGCCCAGAAACACAAUGUUGGUGAUCUUUGGGAUGAGACUGUGUGCAGCUACGCCCGCCAGUGCAACGGUCCCUGGGAUUAUGACGGUGAGUCCAGCAUCAACAACCUGUGCUGUAGUCGCGGCCACUUCGUUAAGUGCAGUGACCCUUAUAGCCUACACCUACCCCCACAACGUUCCUUGCACAGCGACUCAACCUAUUGUGGGGGCUACCUCAACUACUCACUCAAUAACGGCUUCACGGUGGGUCAGGAGCUCUGCCUCACCAUGCUCACCGAAUACGACAUUGACCAUGUCGAGAAGAAACC